UCUAGCCAAGCGGUUGGCGUACCAGUAGCAGCAGCAGCUGCAUUUGCGAAUUCAAAUACAACCGACGACGACGACAACGAAACAAAUCACAAAUUUUUGUAAUAAAUAUAUAAUAACACGUCAAUUCACAAAUAUAUCGAAUCGAUCGAGAAAAAAGCUGAUGAAGCAAGGCUGCUGCUCAAUUCAAUUCAAGUCAAAGUCAAAGUCAAUGUUUCAACGCGUUGCGCAUACGCCGUGUGUGUUUUGCUCUAGCUACAAUUUCCAACCAUAAAAAACAAAAAAGGAAAACAGACAAACAAACACUUUGCGAAAAUCAUUCAACAAUUUUUUUGUGUUUUGUGCUUGUUUAUUUUAUUCUUUUUUUUUUUUGUCGUCUCAACACAAAAAUCAAAGCCAAGUUUUUUUUGGAGAAAAAAUUUGCGAGCUUUUUUUUUUGGUAGAUAGAAUGUUGAAAAACGCGCGCCUUUUGCUUGGCGUUUUCAUCGUGUUUGCCAGCCUCAUAGCGGAUACACAAGCAACAGCGAACUAUAAUGACACCAACUUUCUGGAAGCAUCGCUAAGAUAUUUGGAUGAACAGCUACUAUUCGAUAUACUGCCCAGGGCAACGUGUCCUGGCGAGGAGGCCGAUGCGCCGCUCGAUGAGUUUGCCGAGAUAUUUACGGUGGAACAACUACGUCAGGGCUGGGUAGUAUUGCAUGUGUUUGCAGCCAUCUAUUUCUUUAUAUUGCUUGCGAUUAUUUGCAACGAUUACUUUCUGCCCACCGUCGAGUGCAUCUGCGAGGAUCUGCAUCUAUCCAAGGAUGUGGCGGCAGCGACAUUUAUGGCCACAGCCACCUCAAUGCCCGAGUUUUUUACGAAUACGAUAAGUACACUGAUACUUGAAUCGGACAUGGGUCUGGGCACGAUUAUUGGCUCUCUAAUGUUUAACACAUUGGGUGUUGCUGGCCUCGCAGCCCUCUGCAUCAAUAAGCCAGUGCAGUUGGACUGGUGGCCUAUAGCUCGUGAUUGUGUUAUCUAUAUCUUCAAUACGAUCGUAUUGCUGGUGCUCGCUUGGGGCGGUAGCAUUAGCUUUGUCGAGUCCUGCAUUAUGAUGGGUUUCCUGGUGCUCUACUAUCUGAUCACAUUCAACAACAACAAAUUUAUGCCUGCAAUACGCGUCUUUAUCGAGGAUCGCAUGAACUGUUGCUUCUCCACGCGCUACGACCUAACGGAACCGCCAGAGAAUAGCGCCAAAGCACAACUGCCUUUGAAAAAGGAUCCACUUUCAGGCGAUGGCCUUUUUGUGAUCAAUUUCCCAGAGAAUACCUCUUCAAUGUCUUCGACAGCCAACUUAACACACUCAAAGAAUUGGAAUGGCGAAGAUGAAGAAGAGGAUCAAAUGCCCGAUAGCAUUUUUGCCUAUCCCCAUCAUGCGUCACGUUUUAUGAAAUGCUGGUGGGUCUUUGUUUUUCCCAUCAGACUGUUGCUGCGCGUCAUCAUUCCGCAUCCGAUGCGUCAUCGCCGUCUAUAUCCCUUGUCCUUUAUCAUGUGCAUUAUCACAAUUGGCGCGAACGCUUAUCUUAUUGUCUGGAUGUUAACGGCGUUCGGUGUGGCCAUUCAUGUGCCCACAAUUGUAAUGGGUCUCACAUUUCUUGCCGCCGGCUCCACGAUGCCCGAAGCGGUCUCCAGCCUGAUUUCGCUGCGCAAUGGUGAAAGUGGCAUUGGUGUAUCAAAUUCAUUGGGCGCCAAUUCGUUGGCCAUUUUGUUAUCGCUCGGCGUGCCGUGGUUUGUGAAAAACUGCAUGAACUAUGGCACUGGAGAGAAGCAGCAAGUGGGCACCCAGGGUAUCGAGUACAACAUUAUCAUAUUGAUAUUAUCGACAAUUGCGCUCUUCAUUAUAUUGAGCUGCAGCGGUUACCGACUAACGAAACGCGUGGGCGUCGCACUGUUUGUUGUGUACACUGUUUUUAUAGUACUGCAAAUCCUGAUCGAGAUGAACGUGUUCUUCCCGCUCGUUUGCAGCAGCUAG